AUGAUUAAAACUCUGAUUCUACUCGUUGCAAGCAUAGCCGUUAUAGAAGGCUCGUACAGUUGCGCCCAAUCAAAUGGUACCUUUCAAAACGAUGAUGAUUAUCGAUCGUAUCAUGUGUGCACGUAUUAUUGUGAUCGUGUUACAUAUUGUUUACAAACAAACGAAUAUUAUUCGGCUAUUCAACGAACAUGUAAAAGGGGUGAAUUCAAUUGGCUGCCAGGAUAUGAUUUAACUGGAACUGAAUUAAUAAUGCCUUUAGUUCAAUAUAGACAUUUCCAACAAUCGGGAUACGAUGUUUAUUGGACCAGUGAAACACUAAAUCAUCAAUUCGAUUUCAUCGGUCGGUAUAUCAAUGAAACACAUGUUAUGGGAACUGAAACAAUUCUAUCACUAAGAACAAAAUGUGUUCUUGUAAGAAAUGUUCGACUGUUAGUAAGAGGCCCUAGAUCAUUUUGUGCAACAAAUAUACCGAAUCCAUAUUCAAUGAAAUGUAAAUUACCACCUCAUUAUACUUUUUCUGGUUGUAUAACUUAUUGA